AUGGCUGAAAAUGUACCAGAAUCACUUGAAAUUAUUGAAAUUAGAAUGGGAAUAUUUAGUGCUGAUAGUUUAAGAAAUUUUUUGAAGAGUGAUGUUAAUAAUGUUCCAAAUAAUAUUUCAGCUAAUAUUUUAAAUAUAGUAUUUACAUGUUGA